AUCAGUACAUGCUGUAAUGAACGUACUGAUCAUGUAUGUUAUUCUGGCACACGAUUAUAAGCUUUAUUGCUAAGUUUUAUUUUAAUGACUGGCUGCCAAAUUAUAACUGGCCACUUGGAUUAACAAAAAAAACGGGAAUUUUCGGAUUUUUUAACAUUGUUGUGCCGUUUUUACUUCGUUAUCUUAGAUAUAACAACCUGACAGUCGUUUACAGUUAUUUAACGUUACGAUUUACAGUGUUCAAAAGGGCUUAAUUCACUUCUGCAACACGAUCCAUUGUUGAAGAAAGGAUGUCAUCGUCUGCAGAACCGUUUUCCUACAUCGAAAUGAGUCGAGUCAGCGCAGCUGGCACUGUCAUCAGUAGCGACGAACAUCUCCUAAGAGAAAUGGAGCCCAAUGAUUUACAGGAGGCAGAGUGGUACUGGGCUGACAUAUCAAGGGAGGAGGUGAACGAAAUACUCCACGGCAUGCCUGAUGGUGCUUUCCUGGUCCGAAAUGCCUCCUGCAAGCGGCAGGGAGAAUAUACAUUAACUGUUAGGAACAAUGGCACCAACAAACUCAUCAGGAUCCACCAUCAAGAUGGGAAAUUUGGCUUCUCUGAGCCUCUGACCUUCAGCUCAGUGCCGGAGCUGAUAUCUUACUACAGGCAUCGGAGCUUAGUCCAGUACAACAGCUCCCUGGAUGUCACGCUGGCUUAUCCCGUGUCCCACUGUGACCCACUUCGUACCUUUUCAGAUCUGCCUGUGAAGGAAGAGUUUUUGAGUGCAACCAGAGAGAAACUCCAAGAAUGUUUAAGACUGUUUCAGAAGACGGCCGAGUAUGACCAGCUCUAUGAUGCUUGCACUACGCUAUUACAGGAAAUCCAAAGGAGAAAUACAUUUGAGGCCGUCAGUCUGACCGAGAUCUCUAAAGAGCAGUGUUAUUCUCAAGAGAACUCUUGCAAGGAUUUCCAAGACCCAGUCCAGAGUGAGCUGAAAGAGUCUGAAUAUGAGGUGAAAGAGGAGGAGGAGAAGAGUGUGGAGCUCCUGGAGGAAGAGAGCUGGUUUGUGGGGGAUCUCGGUCGACGGCAGGCAGAGGAGCUUCUCCAGGGGAAGCCGUCUGGAGCUUUCCUCAUCCGCAACAGCAGCACCAAGGACUGUUACGCCUGCUCUGUGGUGGUCGGCAGCCAGGUGAGGCACUGCGUGAUUCGCCAUACGGAGCGCGGCUUCGGGUUCGUCGAACCGUUCGAUCUCCACAAGUCUCUGAAGGAUCUGGUCAUGCACUACCAUCACACCUCGCUGGCACAGCACAACCAGGCUCUGGACGUCCGGCUCGCGUAUCCAGUCCACAUGUCCAGCUGAAUCCACUGGCCUCCUGCCGGAGAUGAUCUGCACUAAGACUGAAGGAGACUUCGCCCUAGUUGGCGCGCGUCCCUUGAUUUUAGCAUUUGAACAGUGUACAUGUGCAAAGAUCGGAAGCGACUGUCAAGCGGUUUGUUUGUAUAUUGCACUUCCCAAAGCAUUCCUCACGGUCAUAAAGAUACUCCAGUACUUGAACAAGUGUUGAAUGAGCCCUUUGUAGACAUGUUUACAGACACUCACAAAAACGUCAGAAUUCGUUUUUAAGGGUUUCGUAAUACAGUCAUGCUCUUUUAAGCAAACAGAUGCAGUAGUAGUUUUUGUGGGGAUGAAUGAUUAUAAU